AGACGUAGUCCUACGUCAAAAGUGACGCCAUUUUCGCUCCACAUCUGUUGGGAGAAUUUGCGUGCGUAAAAGUUUCCCAGUAUUUCCAGUGAAAAUUCGUCUUAAUUGACCAAAAAGUAUGCGCUAGCCAUGGAUUCCGCCUUCCUGCAGUUCAUCGAGGUGGACAACUUCAAGUCCUAUCGUGGGAAGGUCACGAUAGGACCGCUGAAAAAGUUCUCCGCCGUCAUCGGCCCAAAUGGCUCGGGCAAGUCCAACUUUAUGGAUGCCAUCAGUUUCGUGAUGGGAGAGAAAACCACCAGUUUGCGAGUACGGAAGCUGAAUGAGUUGAUCCACGGGGCAUCGAUUGGGCGUCCCGUGGCCAACAGGGCCUCGGUGAUGGCUAAGUUUGUUAUCACCGAUCAGGAGGGGAAUCAAACGAACAAGAGUUUUCAGCGGUCGGUAAUUGGAUCUUCGUCGGAAUACCGGAUCAAUGGAAGCGUUGUUACAACAAAUGCAUAUCUCCAGGAGCUGGAACACAUUGGCAUCAAUGUGAAGGCGAAAAAUUUUCUAGUUUUCCAAGGUGCGGUCGAGAGUAUCGCAAUGAAGAAUGCCAAGGAGCGGACGGCGCUGUUCGAGGAGAUUAGCGGAUCCGGCUUGCUGAAGGAGGAAUACAACAAGCUGAAGCACGAGAUGCAAAUGGCCGAGGAGGAGACUCAAUUUACGUACCAGAAGAAGAAGGGAAUAGCAGCCGAGCGAAAGGAAGCCAAGCUGGAGAAGCAAGAGGCUGAUCGGUAUGCGCGGCUGAAGGACGAGUAUGCUGAGAAACAAGUACAGUAUCAGCUGUAUCGGCUGUAUCACAAUGAAAAGGAAACCAAGCGAUUAUAUGAAGAUUUGGAGAGUAAACAGCAGGACUUGACUUUGAUUGAGAAGAAAAAGGAAGAAGCGGACGAUGUGCUCAAAGAGAAAAAGAAAGAAGCCGGUAAGACUGCUAGAGAUCUGGCUAAAAUUGAGCAGGAAAUACGCGAGGUGGAGAGUGAAAUGAGCAAGAAGCAUCCGAUGUUUAUCAAAGCGAAGGAGAAGGUAGCACACACCAAGAAGAAACUCGACAGUGCGAUGAAGACCCUGGAACAGGCACGAAAAGCUGACGAAGCGCAUCAAGCCGACAUACGAAAGUUGGAAGAUGAGCUCAAAGGAAUUGAGAGCAAAAUGAAAACUUUCGAGGAUGAAAUAGCUGGAGAGUCGAAAAAGCGUGGCAGCAAUGUGCAUCUGGAGCAGAAUUUGGUGCAGGAGUAUGAUCGAUUGAAGCAGAAAGCGGAUGCUACAUCCGGUAAAUAUCUGAUAAAGCUGGAUUCUGUGAAUCGCGAGCAAAAAUCUGAUCAGGAUUUGUUGGACAGUGAGAUAAACAAGAAGGCUCAGAUAGAGGAGAACUACAAAAAGUACGAAUCGGAACGGAACGAAGCUGCCAAACGGCAGGAAAAGCUUAUUGAUCAUAUAAAAGCGAGCAAGCAGGCAUUGGAAGAGCAGAAUCGCCUAAAACAAGAACUCAGUCAAGAUGUUGGUUCAUCAAAGGAACGGAUCUUGGAACUGCAAGCUGAGCUGGAUGACGUUCGCGAGCAGCUAGGUGAUGCAAAAAUAGACAAGCAUGAGGAUGCCCGGCGAAAGAAGAAACAAGAAGUGGUCGAACUGUUCAAACAGGAAGUGCCAGGGGUCUACGAUCGGAUGAUCAACAUGUGUCAGCCAACGCACAAACGAUACAACGUGGCCGUGACAAAGGUACUUGGAAAGUACAUGGAGGCCAUCAUUGUCGACACGGAGAAGACCGCUCGGCGAUGCAUUCAGAUUUUGAAAGAAAAAAUGCUGGACGUAGAGACAUUCCUUCCGCUAGAUUAUUUGCAGAAAAAGCCUCUCAAAGAGCGGCUGAGGAACAUCGAAGAUCCGCGUAACGUCAAACUGAUCUACGAUGUGCUCAAAUUUAGCCCUCCGCAGAUCGAACCAGCCGUACUGUUUGCCACCAACAAUGCACUGGUAUGUGAAACGCCAGACGACGCAAUGAAAGUCGCAUACGAAAUCGAUCGUAGCCGAUACGAUGCUUUGGCACUGGAUGGUACCUUCUAUCAAAAAUCUGGUAUCAUUUCCGGCGGAAGUCACGAUUUGGCCCGCAAGGCUAAGCGUUGGGACGAGAAGCACAUGGCUCAGUUGAAGGCACAGAAGGAAAAGAUAACCGAAGAGCUGAAGGAGGUCAUGAAGAAGACACGUCGCCAAGGUGAGCUGACAACGGUCGAGAGUCAAAUCCGGGGCUUGGAGAAUCGACUGAAGUAUAGCCAGAACGAUUUAGAUGCCUCGAAGAAGAACAUCAAAGAAUACGACCGAAAAUUGGCCCAGCUGCAGCUCGAGCUAGACCAGAUUGGUCCGAAGAUUAGCGAAAUCGAACGCCGUAUGCAGCAGCGCGAUCUGAAAAUUCAGGAAAUCAAGGAAAACAUGAACAACGUCGAGGAUGACGUGUAUGCAGAGUUCUGUGCCCGUAUAGGAGUGGCUAACAUCCGCCAGUUUGAAGAGCGAGAACUGGUGCUGCAGCAGGAGAGGGCCAAGAAGCGGGCAGAAUUCGAGCAACAAAUCGAUCGAAUUAACAACAAUCUGGAGUUUGAGAGAUCGAAGGACACAUCUAAAAACGUCACUCGUUGGGAGCGUGCCGUUCAGGAUGAUGAAGAUUCUCUGGAGACGUUCAAGCAGGCUGAAGCACGUCAGCGACAGGAAAUUGAAAAGGACAAGGAGCGUAUCGAGAAGAUGAAGGUGGACAAAACCGCCAAGAAGGCCGCCGUUGAUAAUAUGGAAGAAGAGAUGGCCAAGGCCCGUCGCGACGUCCAGCAGCAAGCCAAAGAACUGGCAGCGGUUCAUCAGCAAAUUUCGGGCAUCGAAAGCAAAAUCGAAACGAUGAAGAACAAACGGCACAAUCUGUUAAUGCAGUGCAAGAUGGAUGCUAUUGAAAUUCCGAUGAAACGUGGUAGAAUGAAUGACAUCGUUGAGCAAAGUGGGGGCAACGAAUCGGAAACGACUCCGCUGAGUACGAUAUAUGAGCGCGAAGCGAAAAUCGAGAUCGAUUAUAGUUCUUUAUCGAAGAAUCUGACGAAUCCAUCAGAACCGGAUCAGGUUAAGAAAGUCGGCGAUGGUUUGGCCAGGGAACUUCAACAAAAGCUGGACACAUUGGAGAAGAUUCAGACACCUAAUCUGAAGGCAAUGCAAAAGCUAGAUCGCGUAACGGAGAAGAUUCAAACAACAAACGAAGAAUUUGAGGCAGCACGGAAGAAAGCCAAAAAAGCAAAGGCAGCAUUCGAAAAGAUCAAAAACGAACGGUGCACUCUCUUUACGAACUGUUGUAAUCAUAUUUCCGACGCAAUCGACGGUAUCUACAAGCAGUUGGCUCGCAACGAAGCUGCUCAAGCCUACCUUGGUCCGGACAAUCCGGAAGAGCCCUAUCUCGAUGGUAUCAAUUACAAUUGUGUAGCACCGGGCAAACGUUUCCAACCAAUGAGCAAUCUGAGUGGUGGUGAAAAAACUAUCGCUGCCUUGGCCCUGCUCUUUGCUAUCCACAGUUUCCAACCGGCUCCGUUCUUCGUGCUUGACGAGAUCGACGCCGCAUUGGAUAAUACGAACAUCGGUAAGGUGGCGUCGUACAUCCGGGAGAAGUGUACCAAUCUACAGACGGUGGUAAUUUCGCUAAAAGAGGAGUUCUACAGUCAUGCCGACAUUUUGAUUGGAAUCUGCCCGGAACCAGCCGAGUGUCUCGUUUCACAAACUUUGAUCUAUGAUCUGGAGCAGUUUACACCACAUAACUAGAGGUUUGUUUAGUAAUGAUCGUAUGUUUCGUAAUUUUCUUCUCCGAUAUAUUAUAUGGUAUCUCUUAUGUGUAGUA